UGCUUGUUGUCCAACUUCUCGCAGAGCGCGGCCGGAGAGCAGGCGGCGGGACUCGGCUGAGGAGGCCCCUCCAGCUUGUACUGAUUGAAGUCUGGAGAGGACGUGUUCUCUGGACUCUGCGGAGAUUGGGAAGGGCCACCAUGGCAGAGCUGCAGGAGGUUCAGAUCACCGAGGAAAAGCCGCUGUUGCCAGGACAGGCGCCUGAAACUGCCAAGGAGGCCGAGUUGGCUGCCCGAAUCCUCCUGGACCAGGGACAGACCCACUCUGUGGAGACACCUUAUGGCUCCGUCACCUUUACCGUGUACGGCACCCCCAAACCCAAACGCCCAGCGAUAUUCACCUACCAUGAUGUAGGACUCAACUAUAAAUCUUGCUUCCAGCCACUGUUUCAGUUCGGGGAUAUGCAAGAAAUCAUCCAGAACUUCGUGCGGGUUCACGUGGAUGCCCCCGGGAUGGAAGAAGGGGCUCCCGUGUUCCCUUUGGGGUACCAGUACCCGUCUCUGGACCAGCUGGCAGACAUGAUUCCUUGCAUCCUGCAGUACUUAAAUUUCUCUACAAUAAUUGGAGUUGGUGUUGGAGCUGGAGCCUACAUUCUGUCACGAUAUGCUCUGACCCACCCGGACACAGUUGAAGGUCUUGUUCUCAUCAACAUUGACCCCAAUGCCAAGGGCUGGAUGGAUUGGGCAGCCCACAAGCUAACAGGCCUUACCUCUUCCAUUCCGGAGAUGAUUCUUGGACAUCUUUUCAGCCAGGAAGAGCUCUCUGGGAAUUCUGAGUUGAUACAGAAGUAUAGAAAUAUCAUCGCACAUGCCCCGAACCUGGAGAACAUUGAACUGUAUUGGAACAGUUACAACAACCGCCGAGACCUGAACUUUGAGCGAGGUGGUGAGAUGACCCUCAGGUGCCCCGUGAUGCUGGUGGUAGGAGACCAAGCGCCUCAUGAAGACGCUGUGGUGGAAUGUAAUUCAAAACUGGACCCCACACAGACCUCCUUCCUCAAGAUGGCUGAUUCUGGAGGGCAGCCGCAGCUGACUCAGCCAGGCAAGCUGACUGAGGCUUUCAAGUACUUCCUGCAAGGCAUGGGCUACAUGGCCUCAUCCUGCAUGACUCGCCUGUCUCGGUCCCGUACGGCAUCUCUGACCAGUGCAGCCUCCAUCGAUGGCGGUCGGUCCCGCUCCCGCACCCUGUCACAGAGCAGCGAGUCUGGGACUCUCCCCUCUGGGCCCCCGGGGCACACCAUGGAAGUCUCCUGUUGAAUGACCCUUACACGGCCCUGGUGUGGAACCCAGCCCCCCACCUCCUGCAGCACUAACCUGAGAGGCGUAUUGGGGCCAGAGUAAGAUCUGCUGGGAGAUGACCUUGAUCUUUAAUAGCUACUCUAACCUUGACCUCUAACCUGUGAUUUCCUCUAGCUCCUAGGAGAGGUGUCCUAAUAUCUCUUAGAGAUGCAGGCCCCCUAAAUCAGCCCCUCUCCCGUUUUGGUGUUGAGAAGUCUUGCGUCUUCUCUCCCUGACCUAGGCGUGUGUAGGCGAGGAACGAGAAGCUGUUAUAGCUGCCGUGGGGCCUCCUUCACCCCCUCUCCUUAUCCCAUAUUUGCAAGGGUAGGAGAGGGGUGUGUGUGUGUGUGUGUGUGUGUGUGUGUGUGUGUGUGUGUGUGUAGGUAGGGGUGGGAGAUGGGGAGCUCCAUGCCCCCAAAGCUGACUGUGGCUUUGCCUUUUCAAGCCUCUGAAGGCAUUGGGCCUAAACGAAUGUGUAUCUGGGAGGCUUGCUGGUGGGUCGCUGGUCCUUACAAUGUGACAGAGAUAGCCAGCAUGUAAAAGUGAAGGUAGAGUGGGAAAUGGUGGGUGGUGGUUAAGAACAUUGGUGGAAGGAUUGGAGCCGGGGCCGUAGGGCGGGGCCAUUGGUAGAAGGAUUGGAGCGGGGCCGUAGGCCGGGGCCUGGGCCCUUUGACUGCACUAACUUCGGUAGCUGUCAGUGUGCACCUCCAGUGGGACUGGGGAGAGAGCUUAGGGCAGACUGCUUGGGGUCUGGCAUAAGGGUGGGAGGGCUGCCUCGGGCUCUGACCAUAACCGUUACGUGUAGAGCGUGACCUCCUGUCUCCCACUUCUGCUGUGACAAUAAACAGAGGAAACUGAGCACCGUUA